AUGUCAGAGCUCGUCCAGCCCGGCCGCGACUGGCUCAACAGCCGCGUCAACAACUUUGAGGUCGGCCGCGACGCGCGCGACCGCGGCCUCGAGAAGAAGCACGCCGUCGUCCUCAUCCCGGGCAUCAUCUCGUCCGGCCUCGAGUCGUGGUCGACCAUGCCCGACGCGGCGCCCUUCUUCCGCUCGCGCAUCUGGGGCGGCACGACCAUGGUGCGCGCCAUCAUCAAGAGCAAGGACGCCUGGACAAAGGCCAUGGCGCUCGACGAGUUUACCGGCCUCGACCCGCCAAAGUACAAGGUCCGCUCGGCGCAAGGGCUCGACGCCGCGUCAGCCUUCAUGCCUGGUUACUGGAUCUGGGGCAAGGCGAUCGAGAACCUCGCCGUCCUCAACUAUGACCACGACGACUUGUCCUUGGCCUCUUACGACUGGCGCCUCUCGUUCUACAACCUCGAGGUCCGCGACCACUACUUUUCGCGCCUCAAGAUCGCCAUCGAGUUCAACCUCAACGUCAACGAGCGCAAGACGGUCCUCGUCAGCCACAGCAUGGGCUCGUCGCUCCUCCUUUGGUUCUUCAAGUGGGUCGAGUCGCCCGAGCACGGCAAGGGCGGGCCUGACUGGGUCGAGCGGCACGUGUCGGACUGGGUCAACGUCGCCGGCACCAUGCUCGGCGUCCCCAAGGCCAUGUCGGCGCUCCUGUCGGGCGAGAUGCGCGACACGGUCGAGAUCAACCAGGCGGCGACCUACCUCCUCGAGCGCUUCUUCAGCCGGUCCGAGCGCGCAAAGCUGUUCCGCUCGUGGGCCGGCGCCGCGUCCAUGAUCCUCAAGGGCGGCAACAGCGUGUGGGGCGACGAGUCGGGCGCGCCCGACGACCUCAACAACUCGACCCUCACCGGCGGGACGCUCUACAACUUCCGCCCCGAGACCGAGGCCAACAACUCGGACGUGACGGCCGACACGACGCACCCGAACCUGACGCUCGACGACUCGAUGAGCUUCAUCCUCGAAAAGGUGCCCGUGUCGUACCAGACCAUGCUCGCGAGCAACUUUUCUUUCGGCAUCGAGCGCGACGAGGAGCAGCUCGUCAAGAACAACGGCGACCACGCCAAGUGGAGCAACCCGCUCGAGGUGCAGCUGCCCAAGGCGCCGUCGAUGAAGAUCUACUGCCUGUACGGCACGGGCAAGGAGACCGAGCGCGCCUACUUUUACCAGAACGGUGGCUACGAGCACGACGAGUCGCCCAACGUCGACUUUGACGCGGGCGGUAGCGCCGAGCAGGCGCCCGUGUGCCUCGAGCCCAACUGCACCGACACGACGCCGCGCGCGCCGCUCGACCUGCCGCUGAGCCGCAAGGUGUGGAUCGACGGCAGCGUCACGCUCGACGACAAGAACGUGCCGAGGGUCCGCAGCGGCGUCGUCAUGGGCGAUGGGGACGGGACUGUGAGCUUGCUCAGCCUUGGGUCCAUGUGCGUCGAGGGGUGGAAGCGUCCGCGGUACAACCCGGCCGGCAUCGAGGUCGUCACGCACGAGAUCCUGCACUCGCCGCUCGCGUUCGACCCUCGCGGCGGGCCCACCACUGCCGAUCACGUUGACAUCCUGGGCUCAUCUGAGCUCAACGACGCGAUCCUCGAGAUCGUGUCGGGCCAGGGCCACAACGUCAAGGACCAGUUCCACUCUGAGAUCCGCACCAUCGCGAAGAAGAUCCGGUGGGACUGAGCGCAGCGUGCGGGACUUUUAGAGAGGGGAGGAGGCCGGAACUCGACCGUGUUGUGUUCAGCCCUUGUGUAGUGACCGUGGACCAUCAGCAGUUAGACGUUC